GCGUUUUUUUAUUAGGUAGAUACGUUUGUCCCGAUUCGUUUUCCGUAGAGCUUCUGGACCGCGGAGACAUCUGGGAUAUUACAGUGUUCACGGUUCUUCAGUCGAGGCGGGCGAGAUGACGACAGCUGCCAGACCGACCUUCGAGCCGGCCAGAGGCGGCCGGGGGAAGGGGGAGGGCGAUCUGAGCGCCCUCUCCAAGCAGUACUCCAGCCGGGACCUCCCGGGGCACACAAAGAUCAAAUACCGACAGCCCACCCAGGAUGCCCCAGAGGAAAUCCGUGGGAGGGAUUUUCGCCGGGAGUUGGAGGAGAGGGAGCGUGCAGUUGUCCGUGAGAAGACCAGGGAGCGGGGGCCCCGUGAGCACACAACAUCAUCCUCCUCUUCAUCAAAGAGGCCUCGCUUGGACCAGAUUCCAGCAGCAAACCUGGAUGCAGAUGACCCUCUGACUGAUGAUGACGAGGAAGACAUUUCAGAUGAGGACAGUGAUGAUGACGACACUGCCGCUCUGCUGGCAGAACUUGAAAAAAUCAAGAAGGAACGUGCAGAGGAGCAGGAACGCAAGGAACGUGAGCAGAAGGCUGAGGAAGAGCGCAUUCGCAUGGAGAACAUCCUGAGUGGGAACCCUCUGCUCAACCUGGCUAGCCAGCAACCGAGCCAAACACAGAGCACAUUCAGCGUCAAGAGGAGGUGGGAUGAUGACGUAGUCUUCAAGAACUGUGCCAAGGGUGUGGAUGACUCGAAGAGGGAGAAGCGUUUCGUUAAUGAUACCCUGCGGUCUGAAUUCCACAAGAAAUUUAUGGAAAAAUACGUGAAAUGAGCAGCCAGGAUGCUGGCGUAAGUGUGAGGUGAUCCUGAGCUCCAGUGGCUAGCCUGCAGUUACAUGCCUGUUCCAGCGAGUCUGCUUCCCCUUUGACCGCAGUACAGCUGAACCCUGCUUCUGCUGGAUAUGUACAUACAUUCUGCAACACACUGUGUGGCUGCAGGUCACUCUUCCCCAUGCAGUACGAGUAGGUUUAUAUGACUGAAAGGGGAAGCUGUGUUGUAAACUGUUAUUUUUUUUUGGUUGAUCACAUCCAUGUUCCUGGGUUUGUAAUUCUUUUCUUUGUGUUUUUGUAUCUUAUUAAAUUUAAGUGCAUUUUUUGACCCCCUAA